AUGAACCAAGAUCAUGCCUUGUCCCUAGACCAAAUCAAUGCCAUAGUUGGGGCUCCUACAGAACACACAUUUGGCCCUAAUAAUCCAAUCCCAGGAUACAACGAUCUUACGUGGUGGACCGAUUUUAUGCGUCAGCUUCCCUAUGUCUCAAGUUCUUCUAAGGCAUCGUCUCUCAUCCACCCUGUGAUGAAAGUGUACCACAAGAUUAUUGCUUCACUUGUCAUCCCUAGAGAGGAAAGAAGCACCAUUAGCACCCUUGAGCUCAAAAUACUCUAUGCUAUGGCCUACUCGGACGAUAAUCUUAUUCCUCACUAUGGCUCAUUCCUAUGUAACAAACUCACCCGCCUCAGCACAUCACGAUCUGACAAAUUAUCUUGUGGUGGCAUUGUAUGUUUAUUUUCCAAAAGCGCUCCAGUCCGAGCCCCAUACCACGAAAUUCACCAACCUCUUCCUGAUGAAACCUACCUUACCACGGAAAUCCUUUAG